GUCCUGCAGCGCCUUGGCGGCUCUCGCCCGCUUCAAUGUCUGGCGCAGUCCUCCUGGGCACGAGAGCGCAGUCGAGACCCAUUCAAGUGAAGCUCGACAGAUGGCUGGCAAUUUCCCUCGUCUGGCGAAAGUGGUAGCAAGUUGAUGCCAUUGGGUCGCAGGGCCCCAUGAGCAGGUCGGCUCCCCUGUCUCUCCUCGCUCUCGCGAUCCGGGUCGAGGUGCCGGCGGACGGUAAUCGACUAGUCGUGCGACCUGUCGGUGGGCGACGCAUUGCGAGCUUGACAAGUUGUCGUUGCCCUCGAACUGACUCUGCUCUCGUGCCUGACCAGAGUGCACGGACGCCUACCGUUGACGACCUGAGCAACCCCCCGACCCCCGCAACAGCUCAUCUAUAAAGAGUCGAUCCCCCCAUUGUGUACCCUUUUCUCUCCUCAUCUCUUCAUUGAGGUAAACCACGCUCACCACCACCACCAAACCACCCCCAACCACUUUCAAACAGCAAUCAUGGGUAAGAAGGACA